CUCUCUCUCUCUCUAACACAUACACACGCCCACAUCCACACUCAAUGUCUUGAUAAUAACGGCCAUUUAUGCAGAUAAUUGGAGAAUUAUGUACAUAUAUAUUGUUUAUCAUAAUCUAAUAUAACUGUGAUAAUGUUAAUGUUAACCUAAGUGAUAAUUAACAUGGUGUGGUAUAUUGUGACCAUAGAUUUCAAUUGUAAAGCACUUUUUAUCAAUAAAGUGCCUAUAUGUAAAAUCAAUGACUUACAUGUUACCUGCAUCUUGUAACUACCAUUGCUUAAUUGAAUGCUUCAAUGAGACUUUGGUCCCACUUCUGCUAAGAAAACGGCAUGCAAAUUUUUCCUCAGUAAUCAUGCUUGAACUGGGACCAAAUGGUCAUUUAUUAUAAUUUUCCGUGAGUCGUUAGUUGAAUUCCUAAAAGCCAUGCAACUAAGGGAACUAGGCCAGUUUCUGUAUGCUAUCAGACAACACAAAGGGUGGGAUUUCAGAUACCUCAUUUGCAUGCACAAUGCCUUUAGGACAUAGACCUCUCUAAGAACACACUUCCUGGCAGAAAAGAAUUCAAAUGAUCACAAUCCUGUGCCUGUAAUCUUUUCAGUGAAAAUGCUAAUCUAUAAGAACCUGCUAGAGGUAAGAUGCUUCACAGGUAACCUUUGAAAAUAACCCUAUUCUAGCCAUCCUACAUAGCAGAUGAUACUGUUUUCCUACAGAAUCAUUUCAUUAGUUUUAUCUAAUAGACCAUUGCAAUCUGAACUAUAUUUAUAAAAUUCUAAGCUUGCUUAGCAGACACUAUUUUGUUUGAUUCCAGUUAGAAAGUAACAAAAUCUUGAUAAACAGGGUAAUUAGUGGGUUCACCCUAUUGUCAUGUGUCUUAAGACUUCUUAUCCUUAUAUAAACUUCAAACAACAAAGAAGAAUACUAUAUAUGUUGGCUCUCAUAUAAUCUAACAGUUAAUCUUCUCUAUUUUGCUAAUAGGUACAUUAUUAGUAUGCCUCUUAUCAUUUUCUAAUGUCAUAUUCAUACAUGAUGUGCACACUUGAAAUUGUUACAAUUACAAAAUGUAUCUGAGCAAUUUUACUUGAUCAUGUACUAUAGUCCUAGAAGGUGAAUUGAAUUGGACCAAAUAAUUCAGCUGUAAAACUGUCCCAACAGAGAUAAAUCUUUAAGUUGUACUUGAAAUUACUGCUUGUCAAAGCAAACUAGAUAAAUGCUUUCCUUCAAUCAAAUUAUGAUGCAUGAAAAUGCCAUAAUAUAUUUCUAUGACUGAAAUAUAAUGCCAGUUGACAAAGCAAGUUCAUAUGCAUUUAUAUUGAGAAGGUUCAAUGAUGUGAAGUUUAACUUGGAAGGGUUAGACGUGUAUCGAAAGUCUAAGGCCCUUGAUUAUAAACUUCUGAUUACGCAACACGAUUACACUCAAUUCACGCAACGUGUUAGGAAAGUUUUAGCUAUGCAAUGAUUCUCCUAAUUAAGCCUAAUAUUGCAUUUUUUUUUAAUCAUGUUAGUAUGUCUUUGUAGGUUGACAAGUGAGCAUUGCGUAUAUAUAAUCCUUUAUGUUUGAAAGAUGGUUUUCUUACAUAAAUGUACUCCUUAGGGCAUAAUAAAUUUGUAGAUUAUAAGAUAAAACUUAAUUCAUAUGGUAAUUAACAAGAAUAGAGAAGCACUAUCUAGCUUGGGGCAACACUAGGAUUCGUCUGUUUAUUAGAUGUGAUUAUGCUUGUUUGUGAAUUAUUAUUUCUUAUAGAUGCAUCCUAUAACCAAAAUGGAUCAAUGCUAGCCAGGCUAAAGUAUCAAUCUUUAGUUAAGAACAUUCAAUUGCUUAAAGGAACAGUAGAACCUAAAACUAGGGUUGCAGACUUAUAAAUAACACUGUUGAAUAUUGUCAUACCAAUCUUGGUAAAAGCCAAGUUGUACAAAGCAACUUAAAUUAGUAUUCUCAAUUGAGAAAGAACACUUGCACUAGCUCCCAGAUUUAAAUUUUAACUUCAAAUUUUUUCAAUUACAAUUUAUUUUGAUAAAUAGAAGUUAUUAUAAAGAUUAAAUCAUGUAGUGCCCCCCCAGGGCAUUGUUGAAUUCAUGUGCUCUCUUUCUCUUUAAUUAAGUUUCACAAGAAAUGCCAGAUAUGAGCUUCAAGCAGCCAAUAAGGUAAUGCAAUUGUCUUAGUCUAAUUUUGUUUACGAGGGAAAUGAGGCUGAAAGGUAUAAAAAGCUUUUAAAGCAGUUAUCUUAGUCAACUAAUAUUGUUUCCAAGGAAAAGAAGACUGAAAGGUCUUAAGCAUGAUGGUCACAUGCAUUUCUCUUUGUAGUAUUCAUGGCAGCUAUGAUGCAACUUCAUUGAGGUAGUCCUAGGCUGUAAUUGUACCUUAAGCACAAUACUAUACUAGCAAAUAUACCAGGAAAAAAAUGGAGAGAGAGUGAGGAAAGGCUAGAGGUGGGUGGUCCUCAUCUUUGUCAACUAGCUAGCUUCAAAGAGAAAAUAUCAUCAUAGACCCAAGAAGGAAUGUCAGUGCUUUUGCAGCCUGGAAGACUUUGAAUGCACGCUCUGGCAAAUCAUAAGUCUGCCCUGACCACAACACUAUUUAAUGCCAACCAACCAUGUGGUUCUUCCAUGAGAGACAAUGGCUACUUAUCUUCAGUGUUUUUGGGGCCUAUCUCUCACACUUUCACUUUAUUUUAUUCAGUCCACAGCCACACCUCAUGUUUAUAUAGUCUAUUUAGGAGUCAGCCAUAUUCAUGAUCCUAUUCUCACUUCAAAAUACCAUCACCAAUUGCUUUCCAAUGUAUUUGCAAGUGAAGAAGAUGCUAAGCAAUCCAUACUCUAUAGCUACAAGCAUAGCUUCUCAGGCUUUUCAGCAAAGCUCAAUUCAACACAAGCAACUUCUUUAGCCAAGAUGGAAGGAGUGAUAUCAGUGUUUAGGAGCAAGACACUGCAGUUGCACACAACAAGAAGUUGGGACUUUUUAGGCCUUACCUUGGAUAGUAAAGUGACUCCAUGGCAGCUAGCCUUCGGUGAUGAUAUUGUGGUUGGGGUCUUUGAUACAGGUAUAUGGCCUGAAUCUGAAAGUUUCCAAGAAGGGCCUCGCAUGAGGCCAAUUCCACCAAAUUGGAAAGGAGAAUGUGUAAAAGGUGAAAGGUUUGACCCUGCAAAAGACUGCAACCGGAAGUUAAUUGGUGCCCGUUACUACCUCAAAGGUUUUGAAUAUGAUUAUGGACCACUAAGUAAGAGUGGCAACCCAGAAUACCGAUCACCUCGGGACUUUCUUGGCCAUGGUACGCAUACAGCUUCAACAGCUGUAGGAUCCAUAGUGAAAAAUGCAAGUUUCUUUGGUUUAGGUCAGGGCAUUGCCAGGGGUGGAGCACCUAGAGCUAGACUAGCAGUGUACAAAAUAUGUUGGGGAAAGAAAUUUGUAGGCAAGUGCUCUGAAGCAGAUAUAUUGGCAGCCUUUGAUGAUGCUUUGCAUGAUGGAGUUCAUGUUAUCUCAGCUUCAUUUGGUGAAAGUCCACCUUUUCGUCCUUUUUUUGAAUCAAAAGCAGCAAUAGGUUCAUUUCAUGCCAUGCAACUUGGUAUUACUGUAGUAUUCUCAGCAGGUAAUAAUGAUAAUGAUGAGCCUGAUCCGUCUCUUGUACAAAAUGUUCAACCAUGGUCCAUUUCAGUGGCUGCAUCUUCUAUUGAUCGAAUGUUUCCAACCCAGAUACUCCUGGAUAAUACUCUCUCUACGAUGGACCUCAUGGGAGAAAGCUUUAUUACCACUGAGGUUAAGGGAAAAUUGGCAGAUUCAAGAAUAUAUUUUCAAGAUGGGAUUUGUGAUCGGGACUAUUAUAAUACUACACUAAACAAAUCAGCCGCAGGAAAGGUAGUCCUAUGCUUCUCCACCAUUGGAUCAGAAUUAAGUGGAGAAGCAGUAGCAGCAGUGAAGAUGGCCAAUGGGUUGGGCUUGAUCUUUGCUGCACCUAUGACUAUGCAGAUUCCUUAUGUUGAAAUCAUCCCCACAGUUCUUGUCAACAUUGAGCAAGGGAGUAAACUUAAAGACUAUCUUGCUCAAUCUCCUAGGUUCCCUGCAGUGCAGAUAAAACCAACUAAAACCAUAAUUGGAAAGACACCAGCACCUACAGUUGCAACCUUUUCUUCUAGAGGACCAAGCUCAAGAACACCCGAUAUCCUCAAGCCGGAUGUAAGUGCUCCAGGAGUAAAUAUACUAGCAGCAUGGCCUACUGAUACUUCACCAACAUUGUCACCAAGUGAUAAACGUUCUGUGAAGUGGAAUUUUCAGUCAGGAACAUCAAUGUCAUGCCCUCAUGUGUCUGGUGCUGUGGCCCUUAUCAAAUCAGCACAUCCAAACUGGUCCCCAUCUGCCAUUAGAUCUGCUCUCAUGACAACAGCUUACACUAGGGACACAACCUUUGACAGCAUUCUAGCUGGUGGAUCAAUGAAAGUUUCUGAUCCCUUUGACAUUGGCGCCGGUCACAUUGACCCCUUCAAAGCAAUGGAUCCAGGGCUAGUUUACGACAUGAAAACCAGCGAUUACAUUCUCUUCCUUUGCAAUAUGGGUUACACCCAAGAAAACAUAGAGAAAAUUGUUCUUCCCUCUGCUGGAUUGGAAACAUGCUGUCCAAAGGUACAUAAAACCAACACAAACAUAAAUUACCCAUCAAUCACAGUUUCAAAUCUAGAAUCAACAAUGACAAUCAAAAGGACUGUUCGUAACGUGGGACAAAACAGGAAUGCCAUUUACUUUGCCAACAUUGUUAAGCCUAAUGGGGUUGAGGUAGUUAUAUGGCCUAGAAUUUUAUUCUUCUCAUGGUUCAAUGAAGAGAACUCAUAUUAUGUGACUCUCAAACCACGGAAGAAGUCUCAAGGGAGGUAUGAUUUUGGAGAGAUAGUUUGGUCAGAUGGCUUCCAUCAUGUAAGGAGUCCAUUGGUUGUACUGGUUAACACUACUACUGUUGAUUAUAGUGAUUCCAUAACACAAGCUAGCACAAUUUAAGCUCAAUUGUUACUCAAGUGAAGCUUUUGCUAUGUAAGUUUGCAAGCUUACACAUUUGGCUGUUUUGCCAUCUAUCCUAAUAACUAUGACGAAGUCUCAUGGCUUCGUCUUCUUGGAAAUUGAAUGUAUAUCUUCAUAAAAAGCUUAUUGUGCUCUACCUAAUUGUAAUACAUACAUAAACAAGGUAUUGGGUAUA